GAACAAAUAAACAAUGUGUGAUAAAUGCGCGAAGUUAACAAAGCAACAAUUGAAAGAUUACCAUUGGGUAACAUCACCUUUAUUUUUUAUUACGGCUGAAAUUCUUUGGGGCAAAAAUUUGGUGUAAAACAAUCCCAUAUUUCUUGAAGCUUUUGUCUCAGUUCGGUGAUUGUACGAGCAGGAUGUUGUCGUAGAACCUUUUUCAUC